UUGAAAUUGAAACUUAAGACACAGGACCAAGUUCAGAAAAUCAGUACAUGGACUAUGUUCAGAAUCGAAUUAAAAUCUAGUGUGUAAAAUGAAAAUUUCCCUUGUAUGCUUGUGAAACUUCUCAUUGGAUUUCGUUGCGAAUGGAGAUCCAUAUGCAAUUUAAUUUCUGUUGAGCACUUCUUAAUAGCAUUAUGUUAUAUUCUCAGCAUCUUGGAGGCAGACAGUAUAGAAUCAUUUUACUUUCCUGUUUAUGAGCUCUCAACUGAAUUAACUCGGAUUCAAACAAACCUAAGAUGGUUAAUCUACGGGGUAGGCCAACCAGCUACAUGAACAGAUAUUAAACUUCCUAUUGCCGUAAGGUGUCUGCUUUGCUUAUACUUAUUUUUUUCUGUAAAAAAGGAUCACUAUAUUUUCCUACAGAUAUGAGUUAACAGAAGCAGAUGUUUCUCUUUUGGCCAAUGUUUUAGAUGGAACAUUAACCCUUUUGGAAGAUAUGUUGGUUUGAAGGUACAUCUUUACACUUGAUAUUUCACUUUGACGAGUUCUUUUCCAAUUUUAAUAUUAAUAUUUGCACUAAUGCCUGCCGGCAUGUGCAUCACCAACUUAUCACCACUAUAAGAUUCAAUCUGAGUGGUCAGAGCUUCACUUCGCUUUGUAAGUUGAUCCAAGGAGACUUUGUAAUCUCCUCAGAGAUGGUUUUUCUAGAAUCUAGUCUGAUAUUAGCAACAGUGAUUUUGCCAAUAUGUCAUGGGCACAAGGUGGUGAAGCCACUCUUACAACAAAGGACAAGAAGGUACAACUCCUGCAAGGUUGUAGCAGAGAUGAAUUGUUGAAGGUAAUGGACUACAAUUCUCUAGAGAGGCUGCAUCUGAUGACCCCUUGGGCCAUUCCUCACCAAGAGCUCUAUGAUUACAUGAAGCAACAAGCUCUAGGCCUGGAAUAUGUGACAUUCCUGAAGCAAGGAUCCUUCCAUGUAGACGUGCCACGACCGAGCGGAACUAGUCAAGAUGAUAAAGUCCAAACGAAACUGUCUGAGGCUGCUUACAGGCACACUUCAAGACAUUGGCAAGAAAUAUCCAUUGAACAAAAAAACAGAUGGCAACAUAGAAACGCAGCACAUCUCUAGGGUUGUUUUUUUUUCUAAUGAAUAUGUGGUGUGUGCCUAUCAUAUAAUAUAUAAAAAUGUAUUUAUUUAUUUAUUUGUCAUGAUAUAUAAUUUCUAAUGCAUUUUUUUGCUUGAAAUAAUUAGAUGUAUUCUUUAUGUACAAAAAUUGAA